CUCAUUCUGUUGGUCAGGGCCUCACUUCUCCUGUCACUCAGCCGGCAUGGCCCCGCCCCAUCGCCCGGCCGGAAGGAUCGCCCGCUACGCCCGGCCCGUUCCCGCAGCUCCGCGACUCGGUGGCGCUCGGCGUGGUUGCCAUGGCGGCGGUUGCUGCGGCGACGAGGUGGCGGCUGCUUCUGGUGCUGAGCGCCGCGGGGCUGGGGGUCACAGGCGCCCCGCAGCCACCCAACAUCCUGCUCCUGCUCAUGGACGACAUGGGGUGGGGCGACCUCGGGGUGUACGGAGAACCUUCCAGAGAGACCCCGCAUUUGGACCGGAUGGCUGCGGAAGGGCUGCUCUUCCCGAACUUCUACACGGCCAACCCCCUGUGCUCCCCUUCCAGGGCGGCUCUGCUCACCGGACGCCUGCCCAUCCGCAGUGGCUUCUACACCACCAACGGGCACGCCAGGAAUGCCUACACGCCCCAGGAGAUAGUGGGCGGCAUCCCGGACUCCGAGCUCCUGCUGCCGGAGCUGCUGAAGGAGGCCGGCUACACCAGCAAGAUCGUGGGCAAGUGGCAUCUGGGCCACAGGCCUCAGUUCCACCCGCUGAAGCACGGAUUCGACGAGUGGUUUGGAUCCCCCAACUGUCACUUUGGACCUUAUGACAACAAGGCCAGGCCCAACAUCCCUGUGUACCGCGACCGGGAGAUGGUUGGCAGAUUUUAUGAGGAAUUUCCAAUUAACCUGAAGACUGGAGAAGCCAACCUCACCCAGAUCUACCUGCAGGAAGCGCUGGAUUUCAUUACGAGGCAGCAGGCAGCUCGCCGCCCCUUCUUUCUGCACUGGGCCAUCGACGCAACACACGCGCCUGUUUACGCCUCCAGGCCUUUCCUGGGCACCAGCCAGCGAGGGCGUUACGGGGACGCCGUCCGGGAGAUUGACAGCAGCAUCGGGAGGAUCCUGCACCUCCUCCGGGACCUGGGUAUCGCGGAGAACACCUUCGUUUUCUUCACGUCCGACAACGGCGCUGCCCUCAUUUCUGCACCCAAACAAGGCGGCAGCAACGGGCCCUUUCUGUGCGGGAAGCAGACCACGUUUGAAGGUGGAAUGAGGGAGCCUGCGAUCGCCUGGUGGCCCGGGCACAUCCCUGCCGGCCAGGUGAGCCGCCAGCUGGGCAGCAUCAUGGACCUCUUCACCACCAGCCUGUCCCUCGCAGGCCUGGAGCCACCCAGGGACAGGGCCAUCGACGGCCUGGACCUCCUCCCCACCAUGCUCCAGGGCCGCCUGACAGACAGGCCAAUAUUCUAUUACCGUGGCAACACGCUGAUGGCGGUCACCCUCGGCCAGUACAAGGCCCACUUCUGGACCUGGACCAAUUCCUGGGAGGAGUUCAGACAGGGCGUGGACUUCUGCCCCGGGCAGAACGUGUCAGGGGUCACCACGCACUCGCAGGAGGAGCACACUAAGCUGCCUCUGCUCUUCCACCUGGGACGAGACCCCGGGGAGAGGUACCCCCUCAGCGUCGCCAGCACCGAGUACCUGGACGCGCUCCGCCGGAUCGCCCCGGUUGUCCGGCGGCACCAGGAGGCCUUGGUCCCCGGACAGCCCCAGCUCAACGUGUGCGACCAGGCGGUCAUGAACUGGGCACCCCCGGGCUGCGAGAAGUUAGGGAAGUGCCUGAUGCCCCCGGAGUCUGUCCCAGAGAAGUGCUCCUGGCCCCACUAGCACCGGCUUGGGCUCAGGACAGGCCUGGGCGUAGGAAGGCUCUGGUCUCAGGGCUCCUGUGCUGGAGGAGCCCCGACUCCCUCCGCCCUGACUGCUGCCAGACAGACGUCACCUGUAGCCAGCAGCAGGACCUGCAAGACUACGCCUGCUGCAACCCGGCCCUGGAGUCAGUUCCCAGCCCACCGGGCCUGCCUGACCGUACAGCCGCAGGCUCACAUCGGCCCCUGAACCGGAGGCUGCCCGCCUCAUGUCCUCCCACUCUGCUCCAGCUCCCUCCCAGCUGCCUCUUCCAGGGCCUGAGCUCUGCCCCAGGACCCAGAGGCCUGACUCGCCGUGGCUGCCCCUGCAGUCCCCUCAGGACUUCAGCCCCGGUGUCGAGGGCGGCCGUGCCAAUCCUGUGUUGCCGCGUGGCGCUGUGCACAGGGGAUACCCCAGCGCCCCUCCCCCGCGUACUUCCCCCCCAUGGUCGGGUGUGUG